AUGGCAAGUCAAAUUGGAAGGUCGUUAUAUGCUGACCCAAUGAUAGAGGAUAGAUCAAGAUUAGGUUAUGCGAGGGUGUGUGUGGGGGUCAGUGCCUCCUCUAAAUUUCCCAAGUAUAUUGAUAUAGAUCAGGGCUAUGAUGAAGCCACUAGUGAACGGCGUAUUUCUAGACUCCCGAUUGAAUAUCAGUGGAUCCCAUCGAUUUGCUCACAUUGUAAGGUUUUCGGUCACUCAGAUUCCCGAUGCCCAAACAAACCUAGACCCGACCCUAAUAAUGUAGAAGUUAGUAAGAAAGUCAAUGAGGGAGAUGGCUUUGUUAGAGUGCAAAAUAAGAGGGGCAAGGUCCAAGAUAAGGGUAAGGAAGCAACCUCAUCAUCUAGGUUAAAUGGCCUAGAUUAUGCCUCUAUGACCAUGGCAGAGUACCUUGAGUUCCAUACCGUUACAGUCCCUUAUGACCCUAAGGAUGUUGAUGCCCAAAUUAAAAACCAAUUAUGUGCCCUUGCAAAAGAAAAUACGGAUGUUCCCUCUCCAAUGGAGUCAGAUGGAGAGGUAGCAGAAGAUAAUACUCGAGGAAAUUUAAGUGAGCGAGAGGGUAGCGAGGAACAGAUCUUAGAGCCUGAGCGAGUUAGGAGCACUAGCCCUGAGGGGCAUCAAUCCAAGACCAGAGCUCAGGCUAAGAGGGAUAGGAAGAAGAUGCGUGAGCAUGGAGAGCAGACGCCAAGGUCCAUGAGCAUGGACCCAACUCCUCAAGAGUGUUAUGACCGGAACGCCCUUAGUGUGCGGACCUUAUUCAAGUCUGACCAGGUUAUCCAUGUCAAAGUGACAAGCUCAGAGAUCCCUACCCCUUUCACCCUGUCUUGCAUGUAUGCCAGGAAUGAGGAGGUGGACCAUGCCAGAUUAUGGAAUUCCCUCACAGGCAUUGGGGUGUCAGCUUCUUCUGACCCUUGGCUCCUUUUGGGGGAUUUCAAUAUGUGUCGUAAUUAUUCUGAGAUGAGGGGUGGCAACACCUCUUUCUUUUUGGGUAUACGCAGGUUUAACGAUUUCCUUUCUUCUGGCUCGCUUCAGGAUUUGGCUUAUAGUGGCCCUAAGUUGACGUGGACCAAUAAGAGGUUUGGUGAUGAGUGUAUUCUAAGGAAACUUGAUAGAGCCCUGGAUAAUCCCCAUGACCCAGUCCUUCACAAGCAGGAGCUUGAAUUGAAUAGGGACUAUUUAUUGGCUCUUGCGCAAGAGUCUGACCACUUCCGUCUUCGUGCUCGAAUUAAGUGGUCUACUGAGGAAGAUCAAUGUUCCCGCUUCUUUUUCCAAUCUAUGCUCGCUAGGCGUAAUAAUCACCGUAUUAUGAACCUCAUAAGAGAAGAUGGCACCCUCACCGAGUCCAAAGCUGAGGUUGCGAACGUUUUGGUCUUCUAUUUCCAUAAUCUUUAUAGGCCAAGUUCUUGGAACUCUCCCCUUAACCCUAUUGAUGUGGCCCCCUUCAUUGACAAGCGUUUGGACCAAGACCAAUGGGCAGGUCUUAUUGCUGAGGUCUCAGCCGAAGAGGUUAAGGCUGCCCUCUUCAGUAUGGGCGAUGAUAAAGCUCCUGAGCCCGAUGGUUUCACAUCUAAGUUUUACAAAAAGUCUUGGGAGAUUGUGGGGGUGGACGUAGUGAAGGCUGUUCAAGCUUUUUCGCUUCCGAUUGCCUCUUGGGCCAGGAUUAAGCCGGUGCUCUCAAGUUUGGUUGAUGUGUCUCAAGCGGCUUUUGUGCUUGGGCGUUCAAUUGGUGAUGAUGUUCUGCUCGCCCAGGAGUUGGUAUUUCAAUACCAUCUUCACCGAGGGCUCCCUCGUUGUGCUAUGAAAGUCGAUCUUGCUAAGGCUUAUGAUACAGUUGAGUGGGACUUUCUUCUGACGACCCUUCAUUUACUGAACUUCCCUCCUCAAUUUUGUGGUUGGAUCCGGGAGUGCGUCACGACCACCCGCUAUUCGGUCAAGAUCAAUGGUAAGCUAAAUGGUUUCUUCCCUGGGGAUAGGGGGUUGAGGCAAGGGGAUCCCCUGUCCCCUUACCUCUUUGUUCUAGUCAUGCAAGUCCUGCAAGGAAUCGUUAAGCACCACACGAGGGCUUCAGAUUUCUAA